AGCGGGCGGGCGCUUCCUGCGGGAGGGCGGGCGGAUGCGGACACGGAGGCGGACACGUGCGGAGCGAUGGCGCGGGAGAGCGCGGGGCUCUUCGCCCCGUUCCGGGUGCUCGGCCAGUUCAGCGGGCACGUCCCGCACGUCCUGCGCUACCACGGCCGCCACCGCGAGUUCUACCUGGCCGCCGCCGUCGGGCGCAGCGUCCACACCUACAAUGUGAAGAGGCUUGGUAUUGUUGCUGUGAGUAACACUCUGCCGCAGGACAUCACAUGUUUGGCAGCAGAUCGCAUGCUGAUAUUUGCUUCAUACGACAAUAUUCUCCAUGCUUUUGCCAGGAACAAAGAGGUGGUUCAUACCUAUGAAGGCCACAAGGCAAGGAUACACCUUAUACAGCCUUUUGGUGAUCAUGUCAUCUCUGUGGAUGUGGAUAACGUUCUUAUUGUUUGGAAUAUACAGUCAGAAGAAGAGUAUCUUCAGAUAGAUUUUGAUAAAGCCACUUUUGCAAUUUCUGCACUUCUGCAUCCCAGCACUUACCUGAAUAAAAUUCUCCUUGGGAGUGAACAAGGAACCUUGCAGCUAUGGAAUAUAAGAUCCAACAAACUCUUGUACUCCUUUCCAGGAUGGGGCUUAGCAGUCACAACUCUUGAACAAGCUCCAGCAGUGGAUGUUGUUGCUGUCGGCCUUGUAUCUGGUCAUAUCAUUGUACAUAAUAUUAAGUUCGAUGAAACUCUGAUGAAAUUUCAACAGGACUGGGGUCCCAUCACAGCAAUAUCUUUUCGUACAGAUGGACACCCAGUAAUGGCAGCUGGUAGCCCAGUGGGACACAUUGCUUUGUGGGAUCUAGAAGAGAAGAAACUAAUGUGUCAGAUGCAAGAUGCCCAUUCCACAGCAAUAGCUGGCAUGACAUUUGUCCCUGGAGAGCCACUUCUUAUUACUAAUGGUGCUGAUAAUGCUCUACGGGUUUGGAUUUUUGAUGGGCCUGGUGGUACAGGUCGUGUACUGAGAAGCCGAAUGGGACACAGCGCACCACCAACAAAAAUCAGAUAUCAUGGGCAAAAUGGAGAGCAAAUUCUUAGUGCAGGUCAAGAUGGAACACUGCAAUCUUUUUCAACUGUGCAUGAAAAGUUCAAUAAAAGUUUAGGACGUGGUUCAAUUAAUAAAAAGAAAUCAAAAAAGAAAGGCCUUAAGCUGGAUACAAUGGCACUUCCACCCAUUACAGCCUUUGCUUCAGAGGUGGCACAUCAGAGUGACUGGGAUGGUAUUGUUGCCUGCCAUCAGGGGUAUAUAACCUGUACAACCUGGAACUAUCAGAAAACCUCCAUGGGAGCUCACAAACUGAGACCAGAAGAAUUUAGCAAACACAAACCUAUUGACAUAUAUGCAACAGCAGUUGACAUUACCUCAUGUGGUAACUUCACUGUAAUUGGGAUGUCAAAUGGACGGGUAGAUGUGUAUAACAUGCAGUCUGGCAUUCACAGAGGGCAUUAUGGCAAAGAAACAGCACAUGAAGGGGCCAUUAGAGGAGUAGCUGUGGAUGGAUUGAACCAGCUGGUAAUCACAGCUGGUAGUGAAGGAUUAAUUAAAUUUUGGAAAUUCAAAAUGAAAGAUCUGGUUUAUUCCACUGAACUUCCUUCUUCUCCAAGUGGAAUUCUGCUUCACAGAGACAGUGGUAUUCUGGGAAUUGCCUUUGAUGACUUCACUAUUAGUGUUUUGGAUAUAGAAACCAGGAAGAUUGUCAGGACAUUCUCAGGACACCAUGGACGGAUUAAUGACAUGACUUUCAGUCCUGAUGGUCGUUGGCUGAUAACUUCAUCAAUGGACUGUUCCAUUAAGACUUGGGACCUUCCCUCUGGAUGUCUCAUAGAUUGUUUUUUGGUAGACUCUGCAGCUGUGAGCCUUACUAUGUCCCCUACAGGAGAUUUUCUGGCUUCAGCACACGUGGAUGAUCUUGGAAUUUAUUUGUGGUCAAACCGUUCUUUGUAUUCACUUGUGUCAUUACGGCCCCUUCCUGCAGAUUAUGAACCAUCUUUGGUGACACUCCCCAGCACCUGCCCCAUGCAAGAUGUGGAUGUGUCAGGAGAUGAAGAGCCAUGUGAUGAAAUGAUAGAAUAUGUCUCACCUGAGCAAUUGGGAGAGCAGCUGGUGACCCUUUCCUUGUUACCGGAAUCAAGGUGGAAAAAUCUCCUCAACCUUGAUAUUAUCAAGAAAAAAAAUAAACCAAGAGAGCCACCAAAAGUUCCAAAGUCAGCACCGUUCUUCAUCCCAACACUUCCUGGUCUUAUACCUCGAUACAUUCCACCAGAGGAGGAAAGUGAUACACAGUCAAAGGUGGUAAACCUUGGGAUACUGGCGCUGAAAUCUGAUUUCUACAUUCAUCUUGAAGAAGCCCUAAGCACCAAUGAAUAUAAAGCUCCACUUGACUUACUGAAAAGCUUGGGACCAUCUAAUAUUGAGGUAGAACUACGGGGUUUGGCCCCUGAAGGUGGGGGCUCAAUGGAGGUGAUGCUGAGCUUUCUGAGAAUGAUUGGGAUGAUGCUGAACAAGAAGUACAACUUUGAACUUGCUCAGGCGUACCUGGCACUAUUUUUAAAGUUACAUCUUAAGAUUCUCUCAUCGGAGCCAAAACUCUUGGAAGAAUUAUCCAAAUUGUCAAUGCAACUUGAGGAAACUUGGAUUCACUUGCGGGCUCUCUUCAAUCAGAGUCUGUGUGUUUUAACAUACAUGAAAAGUGCUUUGCUGUAAAAAUACUUCAGGGUUUUGUCAGCGUAAGAUUUCCCUCAGGAAUAGUACAAUUAUUACCAAAAAUACUGGAUUCCAAAAAUCAUACCGGGUCUUGGAAUUGUAGAAUCAUUAAGAUUGGAAAAGACCUCCAAGACCAUCAAGUCCAACGUUCUGCUGGAUACCACCCUGUCCACUAAGCCAUAUCACUAAGCACCAGACUACUCAUAUUUUUGAAUACUUCCAGGGAUGGUGAUUCCACCAUCAUGUUCCAGUGCUUCUUCUGGUGCUGUAUUUUAUACAUCUACAUAUGGCAGAGUAUUUUAGAACAUGGAUAACUGCCUAUUUUUGUUCACUUCAGUUGGAGAAAAAAUUACUACAUGCAGCUACAGUAUUUGAUGUGUUGGUCUGUGCUGUCAGUGGACAGACAUUUGGAUUCAAGUCCCUGAACAGCCUGGCCUUGUGGAAGGUGCCCUUGCCCAUUCACAGGGGUUUAAAGUAGACGAUCUCUAAAGCUCCUUCCAACCCAAGCCAUUCAAUGAUUCUCUGAUUCUAUGGCUAUAUAAAACGUAGUUCACAAUGACGAAAAGCCUUGCAGGAAGAAAAAAGAAGUGGGAAUGUAACUUCCAUGCAGGAGGCCAAAAACUAUAUUGUUCUUAAUAAAGUCAUUGUUGAUGCAAAAAUAAAAAGUCUGAAUUGUUAACACUUUAUAAACAAUAGUUUAAAGCAAAUCUAAUUAAUCUAAAAAUUGUGUUCCUCUGCAAUUAGAGCACUUUCCUUAUGACAGUUGUAAAAAUCAGUUGUCUUCUCGCUUUUGCAGACAUUUAUUUCUGAAGGCAAAGAUUUCCAGCUGUACUAACAAUGAUUGAACUUCCAAAAAACCCUAAAAACCCAAACACCAAACUAAACAAACAAAACCAGAUUUUUGUGAGGCCCAGUUCCAUAUAAAAAUUCUGUCUUAAGGAAAAGGAGGAAAGAUUACUAGAAAAAAGCUUUGUUUUGUGGAAUUUUUAAUUAUAUCAGAUGGGUUUUUUUACAAAUUGAUAUUUAGGUUUCAAACUGUAACAUUUGGGCAUUGUUUGGGACUUCAUGAGUGAAAUUAUCUUGAACUUUGCUGCUUGAGAGUACUUCCUUCCAGCAGAAGAAUCUCCUGAACAAGGCCUUUGCUACAUUUCACAUGCUCAAACUAUGUGCACAGACCAACAGAGCAACUGAUACAAAUAUAUGCAAUUUCAAUGAGUAAACUUGCAAUGUGAUUCAUUGCAUUUGAUGGAAGACUGAAGCAAUAAUGUGGGUCAGUUGUAGUGUAUAGCUGGGUUUUUUUUAAUGCCAUCACAUUAAACCCCUUUUAGUCAUGUGUACUGGAGCAAAUUAUCUGCAACCGUAGAAUCGUACAACAAUAGAAGGGCUUGGGUUGAAGGGGACCUUAAAGAUCAUCCACUUCCAACCCCCUGCCAUGAGCAGGAGGAACACCUUUCACUAGACCAGGUUGCUCAGGGCUCCCUGCAGCCUGACUGGGCACUUCCAGGGAUGGGGCAUCCACAGCUUCUCUUGGUCAUGGUGUCUCACCAUUGUCACAGGGAAAAGUUUCUUGUUCAUGUCCAAUCUGAAGCUACUGUCCUUGAGUCUAAAGCCAUCAUGUACAUAUGAGGUUUCUUAUGAAGUUUGCAACUGAGAUUUAAGAAAAUCCUUUGUGCCACAGAAUUAUUAGUUUCUGAUGAUAUGGUUCUUGGCAACCCAUUGCUGUCAAUUUAUUGGAUUGAUCUGAAGUUGUCCAAAAUACCUUAAAUGCCAGUGUAAUAUAUAAUGAACCUCUCAGCUUGCAGGUGUUAACUGUAACUCCUUUAGAAGAUCUUAGAGAAUAAUUUUCUGAAUAAAGACAAAGUGUUCAAAGGUUAAUAAGGCAGUAUUUGCGGACCUGCCACUCUAGAAGGAAGAGUGGAUAAAGAACUUUCAUGUCAGAUCAGAGGAAGGGUCAAGCCCACUAUUCUGUCUCCAGCUGGAGGAAGGAAGAUUUGUAGUAUAGCAGCCUGGUUAUGUAUAAAGUGUUUGUUUCUCAAGCAUAUUACAGCACCUUUCAGCAGACAGCAAUUAGAUACUCUCUGACCCAGCUGUAGCCUGACAGUUGUAUUUACUGUUCUGUGACAGACCUUUUGUUCUCUGUGAGUUCAUCUAAUCUCUUUUAGAACCCAUUUGUCCUUCAUAACAUCCUGUAGUAAUGGGGCUUACAAUUUAAUUAACGAGAAUAAUGUAUUUCUGUUUAUAUACUCCAGACCUGCUAUCUUCUAAGGUUGUAUGCCUCUCCUUGAAUGGGAGAAAUAUCAGUUGUUCUCCAGUCUUUAUGCUUCACAGACUUUGCCUCAGAGCGGUGGUGAAAGGGUUUCUACUCAUGAAGGAUGUACUUUAUUUUGCUGAGUGCACAUGUCUGCUUUUUCACUGACAUCCAAGAACCCUUUCUGGGCACAGAUGUUUAAAUCUGUAUGUACAAGAUUUGUCUACAAAACCUGUAAGGAUGUAGAGUAGGGUUGGUUUUUUUUUUUUGCCUUCUAUUUUCAUGAUCUGCCUUUUGUCAAAAGAAAAAACACUGCCAAACAGGCUAUAUUCUUAAAACAGAAACAUCAGGGUAGUUUUUGUGAGCAAUGUAUGUAUAACACAGUUGAUAUUAUGUUUCCAGUCCUCUAUGACCUCAUUAAAUGUGCUUAAUGCAGUUUCUUAUAUCAUACACAUACGUGUUUGAAGUCCACCUGGAGCACUUCAAUAACUUCCUUCAGAAUAUAUAGUAUUUAGAUGUGAGUGAUAUCUCUACUUCUUUAUUCUUGUCUUUUUCUCAAUAUUCCUACUCAUCACUGCUAUUUCAGGGAUGUUUUACUAUUAUUAGAGCUGUAGAGUCUUCCACCAGUAGCUCUGAUUGCUUCAUGUUCUUGGUCUUUUAUUUUGUCCUUUUUACCCCACAUCAAAAUGAUGAACAACUUGCUGUUAAUAAAAAACUUCUUUAGAAAUAAAAAAUAAUUUCUUCCUGUUAGUGGAUGAAAGUAGAUAUUUCACCUGCUAUUUCCUGUAUUAUUCCUUCACCUGAGACAUCAAAGGACAAUAUUUUGUGAUACUAGUAAAAAAUUGUUGAUUACAAGUGGUAACACGCGUGAACAGUGAAUUUGAUUAUUUGGGCUUUGUUGCCCAUAAGAACUCACAUUAGCAUGAUGGUUUUGUAGUGGCAUAUGCAAUGGGAUGUGGAGAAAUGCUAGAUGAAUCAAGGGAUAUUCAUGUUAACUCUAGGUUUUCUUCCAAGCAGGGCAGCUACUGGGGAUUUUACCAUUCUUAUGCAAUGCCAAGCCCAUCUUAAGCUAGCUCUGGGCAGCAACUUGCUGUUAAAAUUCUCUGUGUUACUGUGUGUGACACAGCACUCCUUCCAGCUUCCUCUCAAGCCUGUUCCCACCUCUGUUCCUGUGCUUCCUUUUCACCAUGAUUUUCUCAGCCCUUUUGGUUCCUGAGUGCAGCUGCUGCUCUUAGCAACUCCUGCACAUAGCAGGCCUGUCAAGUCAGGUUCUCUGUACUUCCACUAUUUUCUCAGACUGUUAUUUUUUCCAGACACAUUUGGGUUUUUUUGAGACUGGUAGUUGGACCUUGCUACCUGAAUUUGCUACUGGGUGGAUUCAGAUGCUGCACAGUGAACGGUGCUCUUCUCUGAACUGUAAGAAGCCUUCAGUUUUAGUAGUCUUUGCUUUCUUUUUUCAUUCAAGUAAAAAUAGAGGUAUUAUGAGGCAUACAAACAUGAAGAGACAGUAGAAGGAUACCAGUGUUUACAUUGGCUACAUUGUUCAGUAUCCAACCUAUACCUCUGACUUGAAGCACUCCAACAUUUUGUACAUUUCAAAUUUAACUCUUCUUCUAGAAAAAUGUAAGAAAGAUCUCAUCUGUGCAAGUUGUCAUACUGCAAGUGUUGUAGUCCUAGAGUAAGGACCCUGGAAGAUACUCAUUUGCAUUCUGUGAAUUAGAAGAGGCAGGGUGUUUGUUGGCAUAUUUGAACUCUGUUAAUGUGCUCUGUUUAAACUCCUGUGAAGGAGUUUAGCAUUGUUCAAGGAUCACUAUUAUAUAAGUACUUUGUUGUCUGUUGUUUCCUGAGUAUUGUACAUCAAUCUUCUCAGUACAUCACCAUUUGUAUCUUAAGAACUAUUUGUUUUAUGAAAAAUUAUCUUUUAAUAAAAGUAAUAUGCCUUUUUAGAGA